AUGGUAGCAAAAGCAGUCUCUUCUUCUCUUGGCCUUCUGCUUAUCAUCUUCUCCUUCUCUCCGCUAGCAGCAUCCCAAAUGACAACAAGGCAAAUUCUCCUCCGAAUCAAGGAGGAUUGGGGAAACCCCUCGGUUCUCAGCUCUUGGAACGACUCCAUCCCCACCAGCCACUGCAAUUGGACCGGAAUCCAAUGCUCCACUGAUGGCUCUGUGACCAAUAUCACACUUUCUAACCAGAACAUCGCCCAAACCAUCCCCGCCGCCAUAUGCAAGCUGAAAAAUCUCUCCAUCCUCGACCUCAGUUACAACGACAUCCCCGGCACCUUUCCCACAUCCCUCUACAACUGCUCUAACCUCCUCUACCUCGACCUCUCCUCGAACCACCUCGUCGGCGUCAUACCCUCCGAUAUCUACCGUCUCUCUCCCCGUCUCACUGACCUCAUCCUCUCAGACAAUAACUUCACCGGAGAAAUUCCGCCCUCCAUCGGCCGGCUCUCGGCGAUUGAACAUCUCUCUCUCUAUGACAACUUCUUCGAUGCGUCAUUCCCAGCCGAGCUUGGCAACCUCUCAAACCUCCAAACCCUAAGGCUUGGAGGUAAUCCCUUCGCUGCAGCAACGAUCCCUUCAACUUUCCGCAAUUUGACUCAGCUGAGCUUCCUGGGUAUGGGACAGGCUAAUUUGAAGGGCGAGAUCCCUGAAUUCAUCGUAGAGUUGACGGGGAUGCGGGUAUUGUACCUACAGCAGAACUCCCUCAGUGGAAGCAUACCCGCCGGAAUCUGGAAUCUAAAGAACCUCUCUGUCCUUUAUAUGUUCGACAACCGGUUUUCCGGCGAGAUCCCGGAGAGCAUCGGAGAGUUGACGGAGAUGACCGAAUUGGUUCUAGCAGAGAACUCCCUCAGUGGAAGCAUACCCAACGGAAUCUGGAAUCUAAAGAAGUUGCGGAUCCUUUAUUUAUAUGCAAACAACCUAACUGGAGCGAUCAACAUCGACGGACCAAUUGGCGCCUUGGAGCUGGAACAGAUCGACGUCUCCGCCAAUCAAUUAAAUGGAUCCUUCCCGGAGGAAUUCGGCAAGCUUCAGAACCUCGCUAUCCUUUAUAUGUUCGACAACCGGUUUUCGGGCACCCUACCGGACAAAUUGCCACCGGGACUCACGUGGCUGGACAUCCGGAACAACAAAUUAUCCGGCAAAAUUCCAUCAACGGCUAAAAGUUUGCGGUCCCUUACAGCGUACAACAACUUACUAUCCG